GCCCACCCUGCCUGGAGAUCUGAGUUACGACUGAGGAGCCCAACUGUCUCACUUCUUGACAACCCAUCCUACUGUUGUCCACAUUACCAUUGAUGUGUAUUAGGCAAAGAACGGAGAUUUUUCUUGUGGUGUAUUUUGAUUCCAUCCAGGAGAGGACUCUGAGAAAAGAGCUUGAGGAAGAGAUGGCAGAAGCAGCAAUAGACUCAAACGAGGACGUGUCAGAGGAAACAGAGGACCUGGAACCUCUGGAGCUAGAUGACGGUGGUACAUUCCAGCAAGUCACAAACCUCCUCAACAUCAUGGACAGUGAGUCAGCAAAGAUGGACACUGCUGGGGAAGGUCCUGACAUGCGGAAGACGCUGGCCUCGGUGAUAAUCACGGAGAAGGCCACCACCGAGCCCUCUGUGGUGAUGAACGCUCUCAUCCGCUGCCUGCAGGUGCCAAAGAUUUCCACUCAGCGCAAAGUCAACAUUUACAACAUCCUCCAGGAGAUCAUCCAGCAGGAGGGGGAGCUGGAGGAGCAGUGCGUCCAGAGGCUGGUCGCCAUCGCCUCCAAGGAGAUGAGGGAGAUCUUGGAGAUGGAGGGCUACAUGAGGGCAGAGGUCGCCAGUGACACCCUGGUUGCUCUGUCCCGAAACCACUUCAGCUUGGUCAUGUAUGAGCUGCAGCAUCACCUCAAGCCCCUCAACCUCACCGACGAGUUUGUCAUCAUCACUCUGGCGAAGCUGGCCAACGGCAAUGUGUUCGAGUUCAUGCCAUACAUGGGCAUCACCCUGGCCACCAUAUUCACCAUGCUGAGACUUGCCAACGAAGCCAAGAUCCGCCAGGUGAUCUGUGGCGCCAUGGAGACCUUCUGUGAGACCGUGCAGUUUUACCUGAGGCAUCUGGAGGACAGCAUGAUGUACCCUGUGAUGACUGAGGACCAGUUUGCUAUGAAGCUGUUCCCACUAUAUCGCUAUUUUGUGACUGUGUGGCUGAGGAACCACAACCCGGAGGUGAAGCUGGGGGUCAUCAAGGCCCUGAAGCCCAUGCUGAACCUCCUCCUGCCCAACGACGACCUGCGGGAGCAGGUGUACGACUACAUUCCCCUGCUGCUGGCGGAGUACCAGGGCAGCCUGGAGGCCCUCUUCGUCACCCAGGUCUUAAGGCAGAUCCUGGAAGUGUCAGUUAUCACCAACACCCCCAUCCCCCAGAUGCAGCUACACACCAUUUUCAUCGAACUUCAUGUCCAGGUGUGCGCCAAGGCCCCCGCCCAGCAGCAGUACAGCAGCCAGAACCUGGUGGAGAUCGUGCACUGCUUCAUAGCCCUCGCCCGCUCCUACCCCAAGGAGCUGAUGAAGUUCUUCCUCAGCCAGAUGGAGAUGAGCAAGGAGGCCAUCCGCGUGGGGACCCUGACCCUGAUUAGGGCCGUGGUGAGCGCAGAUGAGCCCAGAAUGAACGUCAGAACCAUCUACCUGGCCAUCCGGGUGGUCAAGAACACCCUCUCCGACACCAGGUCCAAGGUGAGGAUGGCUAUUCUCCGCAUCAUCGGCCAGUUAGCUCUAUCUGGCUACCAGGACAGGAUCAAAGGCUGGGGCCUGAAGUACGUGUCCGUGCAGCUGACGCUGUCCACCUACAAACUGACAAAUCACCGAGAGGGCUUUUAUCAGAGGGACCUGGAGGAGAAGAUGGUCCACAAGGUCACCAUGGACACCGUGAAGAUCAUCACCUCUUCUGUCAGCGGGAUGACCAACGAGUUUUGGGUGAGGCUCCUGUGCUACAUCAUGGAGACGGAUUACACGGAGGCCUUGACCCCCAUCUGCAUCAGCCUCACGAACCUGGCGGAAAGCCAGCUCCACACCAAGGAUGUGGAGGCCGACGUGGCCAGCAAGAGCCGUCACGUGGACCUGCCUGCUCCCCAGAAGCUGCUGGCUCGUCUCCUGGUGCUGAUGUCAUCCCCCUACAAGGGGGAGGGCCGUGGGAUAGCCAUGCUCAACCUCCUGAGGACCCUGAGCCAGAGCAUCGUGCCCUCCAUGGCCAACAUGUGGGAGCUGGAGAUCCCGCUGCUGGUCAAGUACCUGGAAGAACAUACUGAGUUUACUUGGAAUCAGAAGACCUGGGAGGACAAGCUAAUUCAGUUUCUGAGAAACUCCCUCAAGAAGACUCGGGGUUCCAACUGGAGCCUUCGUCUGAGCAAAGAGCUGAACAACCAGAUUGAGAGCUUUGACAGCCCCUCCCUGGAGAAGGGCUUUCUGUACCGGGCCCUGGGCUUCACCUUGGCCACAGGCCUGGAGGCCGACAAGGUGGAGGUGCUGCUGCUGGAGCUGCUGUACAAGACAGACUAUGGCAAUGACUUUGACCGCGAGGGUGUGAUUCUGUGCUUUGGCCUGUGUGCCCGGGGCCAGGUGAAGACGGUGCUGAACGUGCUCCAUGAGUUCGAGGAGAAGAUCCAGGAGUCGGAGCAGUCCUGGCAGAUUGGCGCUUGGAGGAAGGACCAUCCCUGGAGGAGGGAGACAGUGAAGAGCGCCCUCAUGGUGAUGUACAGCUGUGUGGCCUCCCACUGCCACCCCCAGAUGCUCCUCACCCACGUGGACAAACCCAUCACUGCUAAAAUCAUUCACCACUACUCCAGCAGCUGCCAGGACAUCAGCCUCAAAAUGGCCUUCAUGAAGAGUGUGGUGCAUGUUGCCAAUGCUGUCAAAAACAUCAAGGACCCGGACGACUUUCUAUUCACCCAAAAGAUGACUCUUACUGGCAUUAUAAUGGUGAUCAUCAAGGCAGAACCGCCCGACAACCUGGUUUCUCCUGUGCGGACAAUGGCGAUGGACGCCCUCUUACACCUGAGCAAACUGAAGCCUUUCUACUCCACAGAGGAAAACAGUGAGCUGAUGGAUAUCAGUAUACAUUCGAUAAUUUCUCUCCAAGCCCCAGGAGAGGACAAUGAGUCCGUUAAGACCCUGUAUGCAAAUGCCCUGUGCGCCCUGGAGCAACUGAUGGAGGGCCUCAUGCAGAGGCAGCUGGACCCCAAGGGGCUGCAGGAUAUGGUGCAUCUCCUGGAAAAGUGGAUCUUGUCAGAGAAAGAAUGGGAGCGGGAGAAGGCCAUGAACCUCCACCUCCGUCUCAUGCAGACCUACGUCCACAGCAUCGGCGUCUGCAUCCCCCUGAAGUUGGGGCAGUUUGGCACACUGGUCGGACUCAUCGCCCCAUGCACCUGUGACUCCCACAGAAGAACCCGUAUGGCCUCAAUGGAUGUCCUGUCCAGCCUGCUGGAUCUUCAUGCAAGCCAGACGUGCCACUCAUGGGGCGCCUCCAAGGAGUGGGAGCUUGCCAAGUGUAAGGAGGACCUCAAGGGCUUGCACGAAGAGAAGAUUUCCAGUGUGUCCUCCAGAAUCGCCAAGGUGGCGUGCGUGCAGUUUAAUUGUGAUGAGGUGGUCUCGCUCAUCCAGAAGCUCUGUGAGAACAUCGGGGCCGUGGACCUCCAGCACGACAGGGCCUCUGUCACCUGGAUAGGCACCUUCCUCCAGAUGCGGGUCAAGGAGCUGGAGGACAAGGUGGCGGAGAUCCUGGGCGCCAUCCUGGUCCACCUGCCCGUGGUGGAUCACCUGGAGGUGCGGCGCCUCCUCAUUGAGGGCAUCCUCCUGCUGGCGCACUACCACCAGGAGACGGUCCUCACGUCACUCCUGAGGCAGCCCCUGCCCAUGGAGAGCCACCUGACGGAAGUGUGGCUGGCUGUGGCAGAGAACAUGCCCUUUGCCCGGACGAUGCUCCAUGGGCUGAUGGGCAGGCUGCAGUCACGGUUCACUCCCAGGGCCAACGCCACCUCCAAGGCCGACAUCUGGCGCCUGGCUGCGGUGGACCCUCUGAUGACCCUGUGCACCAUCCACCUUCUCAUUGAGAAGAUGCACAAGGAUGACGAGCUCCCGGACAUCUUCCCUGACCUCAUCUACACCCUCCUGCUGCAGCUCAGCAGCAGCCAGGGUCCAGAGGCUGUGUCGCCCGUCCUGAAGACGUGGAGACUCGUUCACACAGGGACCCUCCCUGAGGAGAUCAACCUGAAGAGGAUCACGAUCAAAUCUAUGCAGCUUCUGUGCAAGAGACUCAACAAUGAGUGGCUGGUUCAUGCUCUGGAAGAGCAGGGCGUGUGGGCCCUCCUCGAGAGCAGCUCGACGUUCCUGCAAGGAGUGGGCCUGCUGGCCAGGCUGUGUGUGCGGAAUGUGGAGGGCUACAGGCAGAGGCUGUCGGAGCUGGUGCUCAGAGGCAUGGACUCGGAAGUCCUGAGCUGCCGCGUCAGCAGCACCGCGGCCUGCGUGGAAUUGAUGAGCGACCCGAUUCUGUACCAGGAGAAGCUGCUGAAGCCCGCGGUGCUGAUGCUGGAGAAGGGCGUGGACCAGGAGGACGUGGCGCUGCGGGUGCUCUCCCUGCGCGCCCUCGGCAACAUGGCCCUUGGCGCCCCCAAGAAGGUGAGGCAGUACCGGAAGCUCCUACUGGAGAAGUGCCUGUGUUCCCUGAGGGAGCCCAUGAGCGCCAGCGUGACCUCUGAGGGCAUGGAGGCCCUGGCCAAGAUCCUGGCCGAGCUGCGGGAAGGAGACGUGGGGUCCUCCUUCGACGCCAUCUCCGAGCAGUGCAGGGCCUUCUUCAACAAUGAGAGCGGGCUGCUGCGGCUAAAUGCCUUCAUCCUCUUCGGGAAGCUGGCGAAGGUAGUCAGGAUUUCCAAGAAGCACUUCUUCAAGAAGGAAGUGAAGAAAGCCUGGAUCCCCCUCAUGCUGCACUGCCAGGACCCCUGCUCCGAUGCAGCCCAAGCCUGCACGGCUACCAUGUUUCAGUGCGUGCGCUUCUGGGGCUGGAAGGCCCUGGAGAGCUCCUCGGGCCCAAGGGACGCCAGUGCGGCUGACGAGAUGACCGUUUUCCAGAUAACCCUGUGCUCCGUCCUGACUCAGAAGAAGCCUGCUAUUCUCUACGGCUUCUUGCUGGAAACAAUGACCUACGUGACAAGUAACCUGUCAAGGAUCAGAAUUGCUGCGUGCAACCUGGCAGGAAUUAUUAUGAAGCAGAUGUCCACACAUUAUCUGAAAAAGCUGGACUUCCCAGCGUUACGGAAUUCUCUCCAGGAGCUACAGCUGGACUCGGAUCCUGGGGUCCAGAGGGCAGCCCUGGAGACUCUCCAAGUCUUGGAUACGUGUAGUCAGCACUGGCUUUUGGCUUCACCGGAAGGAAUUUCCUAGGUGGUCCGAGUGUGACGUGUAAACUUCCUCCCUAGGGCGCC